AUGCGCCGCUCCCAGCUUCCAGUCCACAUCAAGAGGGCGAUAUGCGAGCAUCACGUUAGCAACCCCCGUUUGCGCCAUGUCGACCUUGCGCGCUGGUGUUUCACUCGUUUCGGUAUUCGCCCCGACCGCUCCACGAUUGGCCGCGUCAUCAAGGGCGCGGAGCGGUGGAAAGCCACCAAUGCGAACAAUAGUACCGUCCGCGUGCGCGGCGGUGCUCAUCCGGACCUCGAGCAGGCCAUGGUCCGAUGGAUCUCCAACGCCGAACCUGCGGGGAUCCCGCUCACCUUGGCGACCAUCCGCGACCACAUGGCCGUGAUGGCACGCGACAUGGGCAAGCCGCCCACCUUCCGCUGCUCUGUCGGUUGGGUUCGCCGUGCUAUGCGGCGCAACGGCAUCCGCUGCAUUGCUUCGUCGGGCGAGGCCGCCGAUCAGGACAUGGCGGCGGUGCGAACGUGCCGUGAGAAGCUUCCUCAGCUUCUCAUGUACCUUUCCGUCUCGCCGAAGGAUGUGUACAACUUCGACGAGACGGCACUGUGGAUUUCGGUGCUGCCGCGAAAGACCUACGGCGCAUCGUGCGUGGCGGGCCGCAAAAUCGCCAAGGAACGCCUCACCGUGGGCCUGCUCGUGAAUGCGGACGGAAGCCACGCGUUCCGGCCGCUCGUCAUAUCCAAGUCGAAGCGGCCCCAUGCGUUCCGUCCGGAUUACGACCCCGACGCUGUGUGCUACUGGCGCCACAACACCAAGGGGUGGAUGACCGCUCCGCUAGAUGUUGCUAUGUUCGCGGAGGAUCGCAACAUUGUCAUCCUCCUCGACAAUGCCUCUAGCCACGUACUCAAGAGCGAGAACGCGAUUUCCGAAGACAUCUUCGGCUUCCGCACUCGCUCCCUCCGCAACAUCCGCCUGGUGUUCCUCCCGCCGAACACCACCUGCUUCACCCAGCCGCUUGACCAGGGCCUCAUCGCGAUGAUGAAGGCACGUUAUCGUCAGCAUUGGCUCGAGGCGGUGACGGCACUGUGGGUGGAGGGUAGCUCCACGGCGUCUCUGGCGCGCUUCAAGCCCAAUCUCCGCGACGUCCUCGACUGGCUCUUGGACGCGUGGAUGAACAUCGGCCCGCGCACGAUCCAGCGUUGCUGGUGGCGCACGGGCUGUCUUCCGCUCGCGUGGGCCUUAUCCUUGGCCCACGUGGGCGCCGGCGGGCUCACUCCUGGCGGCACGGCUGCUGCUCCGCUGCCCAUCGAUCUUGACGAGGAGAUCGGCGACGUGGGCAUCAUGAUCGACCGGCUUGCGCUCGGUCCGAGUGCCAUGCCGGCCGCCGACUUCGUCGCCAUUGAUGACGGCCAGCCGACGUGCGCCGAGCCGGGGGAGGAUCCCCUCGCCCUUGAGCCCGCGACGUCGUAUUCGAACGAGUCUUGGGAGCCGCCUGCGACCAUGCAGGCCGUGUACGACGAUGUGGACCCGGCGACGCGCGAAGCACGUCGCACGGCGCGGGCGGCGUGUGAAAUGCUCAUCGGGUAUGCGAGGGCGACAGGCGUCACCCCCCGCGAGCUGUGCGCUCUCUUUGAGAUUCGCAACCCCAUCAUCAUUGAGCGCAUGGAGCGGGCAAGCCCGCCCAUCAACUUGAACAUGACGCCUAUCGCCACUCCUCGGCCUUCCGCUACCCCUGAUGGUGGGCGCCCUCGCCCUCGCGGCCGCGUCCUUCCGGCGUGGAUGACGGCACCCUCCCCUCGCCAGGCGCUGAUUGACGCUGGUGUUCACGCCGUCAUGGACGGCUUUGUUGAUGCGCCUGAGUGGGUGCGUCUGUGA